AUGCGUUUUGAUUUCUCCUCCGGGAACACGAACACGGAGCACGCUGACCAAGUAAUCAGAUUUAUCGAGCAGAGCGGGUUCGAACUGGAGUGGAUCCUGGAGACGCAUGCGCAUGCGGACCACUUGUCUGCGGCUCCCUACAUACAGUCCAAGCUGGGCGGCAAGAUCGCCAUCGGUGAGAAUAUCAAGCUCGUCCAGGAGGUGUUCUCCGGGGUUUUCAACCUCGGCCCCAACUUUAGGAAGGAUGGGUCCCAGUUUGAUCACCUCUUCGCAGAUGGAGAGACCUUCAAGCUUGGCGAACUUCCAGCCUCUGUCAUGUACACACCGGGUCACACACCUGCCUGCGUGUGCUACCUGAUCGGCGAUGCCCUCUUCACCGGGGACACUCUUUUCAUGCCGGACUACGGCACGGCCAGGUGCGACUUUCCAGGAGGCUCAUCCAAGACCUUGUACGCAUCCAUCCAGCGAAUUCUUCAGCUGCCUGAUGCAACGCGCGUGUUCGUGGGCCACGACUAUCUGCCGAAGGGAGGCCGUUCGCACUUCGCAUGGGAGACCACCAUCGGAGACGAGAAGAACAGCAACAUCCACAUUGGUGGGGGUACGUCCGAAGAAGACUUCGUGAACAUGCGGGACAGCCGGGAUGCGCAGCUGGCGGUUCCCAAGCUCAUCGUGCCCUCGGUGCAAUGCAACAUCCGUGCUGGUCGGUUUCCGGAGCCAGACGAGAACGGCAAAGUCUACCUGUCCGUGCCGGUCAACGUCCUGAGCAAUCGGGGCACCCUGAAUCCUUAA